AUUUCUUCGCAUUGUUCGCAGUGUACCCGCGGCGGUGAAAUCCGUGAGUGUCGGUGCGAGAAACGAUGAACGAAUCGGGACGAGCCGGGAACGAAGCGGCGCGAUAAUAAUAAUAUGUGGACGACGCGGCCGCGGACCAAACGAAAGUGGCGACAAACGUCGACCCCGUCGUGCAGAGAACGUGACAAUCGGCGGAAUCGCCGUCGGGACAGUUUCCGCAUCAUCUACUCGGUGAUAUUGGCGGCCUGUAUGGCGGCGCAGGAAGCGAGGGGCGCCAAGUGUCCGCCACCGGACACAAUACCAGGCUGUCCGUGUUACAACUUCGAGAACGGCGGUCUGUUCCUGGAAUGCGCAGGUGCUACCGAGGAGUCCCUCAGGAACGCUUUGUCCGGCGUGAUACAUGCCGCCGGCGAGGAAGGGGCGCUUGUACAAUCAUUGAGCGUGUACGAAUUGGAUCGAAAAGUGGAGGAAUUACGACCCGCUGCUUUCCCGGCAGGCUCGCAAAUUAGGCAUUUGCAAAUAUCGCAUUCCGCGAUUCGCGAAAUAAGCGAGGAUGCUUUCGAGCGACUGAGCAAAAGCCUGGAAUCCUUGGCACUUGUAUCCGGCCGACUACCUCACGUACCUCAAAAGGCUAUGGCCACGCUGAGCCUACUCAAAGCUUUGGAUUUGGAAGCUAACCUCGUUUAUGAGCUGCCUAGCUUCAGUUUCUACGGACUCUCGUUAAUUAAACUGAACCUGAAGGGUAAUCAAAUCAUGAAAAUUUCGGAAUACGCCUUUGCUGGUCUCGAGACCACUUUAAAGGAUUUAGAUCUGGCGGAGAACAAGAUCAGAGUAUUCCCCAUGACCUCCUUAAGAAGAUUAGAGCAUCUCACGUCCUUGAGGCUCGCAUGGAACGAGGUAUCCCAGCUCCCGGAGGACGGCUAUUCCAGGCUAAUCGCCUUAAACUUCCUCGAUCUCAGUAGCAACAAUUUCAAGGACAUUCCGCUCAAUUGCUUUCGUUGCUGUCCGUCCUUAAAGACUCUCUCCCUUUAUUACAACGCGGUCGAGUCGGUCGACAAGGAUGCCUUUAUAUCAUUGAUCGAUCUCGAGUCAAUAGAUCUCAGCCACAACAAGAUCGUGUUUCUUGACGUGGCCACCUUUCGUGCCAAUCAAAAACUAAGGUCGAUCGAUCUCAGCCACAAUCACAUACACUAUAUCCGGGGCGUAUUUUCAAGGCUGCCCGAGCUGAAGGAGCUCUUCCUUGCAGAAAACAACAUUCUCGAGAUACCGGCGGAGACAUUCGCCGGUAGCACGAGCCUCUCGGUCGUUUAUCUUCAGCAGAAUGCCAUCAGAAGGAUCGACGCGCGUGGUCUGGUGACGCUCGGUCAACUGGCGCAGCUACAUCUGAGCGGAAAUUACAUCGAGAAGGUGCCGCGAGACUUUCUCGAACAUUGCGAGAAUCUCUCGACGCUCUCUUUGGAUGGCAACAAUAUCCGCGAGCUCGAGGUAGGCACAUUCGCCAAAGCGAAGCAACUGCGCGAGUUACGACUGCAAGAUAAUCAGAUCACCGAAGUAAAGCGUGGCGUGUUUGCGCCGUUACCAUCGCUUCUCGAAUUGCAUCUGCAGAACAACGCCAUUACGGAUAUGGAGACCGGGGCGCUGAGAUCCUUGCACAGUCUGCAACACGUAAAUCUGCAGGGUAAUCUCUUGGCGGUGCUCGGCGACGUGUUUCAGGUGUCAAACGAUGUCGGCGAAAACAGCGGUAGUUCCUUGGUCUCCAUUCAACUGGACAACAAUGGACUCGGCGUCUUACACAAUGACUCGUUACGAGGCCAGGCUUCGGUCAGGAUCAUGUGGCUCGGACACAAUAGGCUGACGCGUCUUCAAGCUCCAUUAUUCCGGGACCUGUUGCUAGUCGAGCGCCUGUAUCUCACGAACAAUUCCAUCUCGCGAAUUGAAGAUACCGCCUUCAAACCAAUGCAGGCGCUCAAGUUCCUCGAGCUCAGUAUGAAUCGGCUGAGUCACGUGACUGUAAAGACAUUCUCGGAGCUCCACGAAUUGGAGGAGCUCUAUCUACAAGACAACGGUCUACGCCGACUGGAUCCUUAUGCCUUGACGGCCCUUAAAAGACUGCGCGUCCUCGAUCUGGCUAAUAAUCGUCUGAAUGUGCUGCACGACAAGAUCUUCCAGGAGGGUCUACCAAUUAGAACGCUCAACCUGAAGAAUUGCACUGUCAGCGUAAUCGAGAACGGUGCCUUUCGCGGACUGAACAAUCUGUACGAGCUGAAUCUCGAACAUAAUCAUUUCACUGCCAUAGCGUUAGGUCGCCUAGAUAUACCAGGAUUAAGAGUUCUAAGAAUCUCGUACAACAAUUUCAGUCAAAUCAACGCAAAUUCCUUGGACGGUUUACCGUCUCUUCAACAUCUGGCGAUGGAGUCGUCGCAGAUAUACAGAAUAUCGGCUGAGAUAUUCUCGAAGAACAAGAAUUUGGGAAAGCUAUUGCUCAGCAACAAUCUACUCAGGGUAUUACCAGCGACAUUGUUCCUAGGCCUGGAAGCUCUUAAGGAGGUCAAACUCGACGGCAACAGGUUCCAGGAAGCACCAUACGACGUGUUCGCGAACGCUACCACGGUAGAAUUUCUUUCUUUAGCCAACAAUGUUCUUUCUCACGUGGAUAUGUCGCGGCUGAACGGAUUGAUCAGUUUACGGGAGCUCGAUCUACGCGGCAACUAUAUCACGUCUCUCAACGGCUUCGCUGCCGUCAAUUUCUCUCGUCUAAUAUCCGUGGACCUGAGCCAUAAUCACUUAAAGGCUCUUCCGGCUAAUUUCUUCGCGCGUUCGAAUAUGCUGCGAAAAAUCGAGCUGGCGGCUAAUAAGUUCCGGCAAAUACCCGCCGUAGCACUCACGGCGCAAAAUAUACCCAGUCUAGCUUGGCUGAACAUCACGGCUAAUCCUCUUGUGAGAAUACACGAGAUCAGCUCAGAGGCGAAGUAUCCGGCUCUACAGGAAAUUCAUAUCUUCGGGACGAAUUUAACUAUAGUUACCAGUCAGGAUUUCGAGGCAUUCCCCGCGUUGAUGCAUCUUUUUAUGGGUAACAAUAUGAUAUCCAGAGUAUCGCCCAGCGCGUUUCGAAAUCUUCCGAAUUUAUUGACGUUGGAUCUCAGUAUCAACGAGCUGGAGCUGCUGCCGCAGGAAAGACUAAAGGGACUGGAACACCUCAGAUUGCUGAAUCUCACGCAUAACCAUUUGAAAGAGCUCGAGGACUUCCCGCCUGACCUGAAGGCUUUGCAAGUGCUCGAUCUCUCGUACAAUCAGAUAAGCGGAGUGGGAAGGAGCACGUUUCAGCAUCUAGAGAGUCUGGCCGAGCUGCACCUCUAUGGAAACUGGAUAUCGUCGAUCUCGCCAGACGCGUUCAAGCCGCUGAAAAAGCUCAGGAUUUUAGAUCUAAGUAGAAACUACUUAGCAAACUUACCACUGAAUGCCUUUCGACCUCUCGAAACGCAAAUACGGAGUUUACGGGCCGAGGAAAAUCCGCUGCAUUGCGACUGCGACUCCCAGGAGCUCUGGGAAUGGCUGCGCGAUCAUCAGAAGCUGGUCGGCGGCGGGAUGAAUCGGAAUCGCGGUGGCGGACUGAGGAUGAACGACGUGGACGGCGGUCUGUUGAGAUGCGAACAGCCGCCGGAGCUGCGCGGACUUGUAUUCCUGGAUCUGGACCCACGCGCCUUCUGCUCCGCGCCUUUGGUAUUAAAAUUGGCGAUCCAGGACAUCCAGCCUUUCUCCGUAUUGGUGUCGUGGCAGAGCAGGAAUCAUUCCAGCUUGCGCGGCUAUCAGGUGGCCUAUCACGCCCUGGGCGAUGUUGACGAGGUACGUGCCAAAAUACUCGAGCCCAGCGCGCGCUCGGUGAAACUGUCGAAGCUAUCGUCGAACACUCGUUACUUGAUCUGCGUAUUCGGUCUCGGUAAUUGGAUGUCUUCGCGGACGGAGAACGGCCCGAUCGAACAGCUCAAUUUUACGCAGAUCGAGAUACUCGCGUCGACGCCGAGCCCGCAGAUGAAGGAUUCCACGACCAGCCGUUGUACCGAGGUGAAGACGUUGGACGCGCCGGACGCGAUAAUUAGCAGCGACGGCUCGGCCAUGGGCGACGUCGAUAGCGUCAGCAGUUUCCUGACGAGGCGGCUCGGUCUGAUAGUCGGCUGCUGCAUGGGCAUCGUCGUCUUCCUCCUACUGGUGUCCGUGCUGGGCUAUCUCAAGGUUAAGAAGCAGCGGGAAGCGGUCAAGAGAGAACAACAGCCGAUACCGCCCGAGUACAUAUCGUAUCGGCAUUUCAGCAUACAGAGCGGCGAAGCCGGCCACACCACCGCCAGGCAGACCAGCCAGGAUGGCCAGCAUCCGAACUUCAUCAGCAAUACUACGCUGAACGUAUGAGAAAAGUCGCGGAACUCCCGACUCGUGGAGGUUUCGAACGUGUGAGCAGAAUCGAUGGAUUCGAGCGUGUUUGCCGGUUCGAAGGGCUCCCCGACUCGCGGAAGUUUCGAGUUUACGCGCCAAAUGAUCUCAAACUGUCUGUCGAAUUUUCGACACGACGUCGAACUGUUUUACGAAUUGAGAAACUGUUCGCGAUUAGCGGUGUUGUGCGCUCAAGUGAUAUGCAUCCGAGGAUGCUAGACAGUAGAAUGCUUGAGAGAAGCCCGUUCGGCCGUUUUAUUCCCGAGAAACAUUAUUAUCUGCAAAUCAAGUUAACGGCAACGAAGAGAGUUGAAGCGAAUCUACAGCAAUGAGUGAGUAUGUGCGUGAGAAUGCGCGCGCGAAUGGGAUCUUUAUUAAGUAAUCGGAGCAUUUUAUAAAGCGAUUUUCUACGAGUCCAAAUUUUGUUCUAAGUAGCUUCAAUCAUUUCAGAAUGUCGAGACGUCAUAUUGGACGAGCGCGCGCAAUCGGACAUGUGAGUGUACAUUAAAUAGGAAAUUGAAUUUGUUAAUGUACAAGCGAUGUAAAUCAUACGUGCACAAUUUUCUAUCUCUUUCGUAUAUACUCUAAAAAAAAUCUUAUAAAUUUUGAAUAAGACAAGAUGUAUUAAAGUACUCUCCAUAUACCCUAUAUCGAGAAUUGAAUUACAAUAAGCUCAGCCAAGCACUAUCGAAUUCCGCUUCAGAAAAAUUUCUAUUUGUUAAAUUCGUAUUUUCAGAAUAAUAUAAGUAGAAUGUCAAAAUCAAUACGCGCGAUCGCUGAUGCAUCAAAUCUGCGCGUAGAGAGAUGUGAAAUAAAGAGUAUAUCGACGUCAAAUAAAUACAAGAGACUAUCUUGAAUAUGGAAAGACGAAUACCAUUUUAUCUAGCGAAAAAUCGAUCCAGUUCACGGACGAUGAACAAUACAUCGAAGAAGAACGCGCAUCUUUGUAGAAUAAUGCUCUGUCUUUUUCAAGAAAUAUGAAAUUUUCAAGAGUGUAUGUGAAACGCACGAUUACGCGUGCUCCCGAACGACCGUAAGCGACGAUGUAAAACGAUAGGUAGAGACUUUCGUUUCCGUGUAAUAUACGCGCGACGCACAUUUGUCGAACGAUUUACGACUAAACACACUGCGUUAUUACAUAUCGUCCAGUCGCCGGAUGGAGAUCGGUACGAUGCGACGGGCAAGGGUGUAAAGUGGCUAUUGUGUUUUCUUAAUGGCUCGGCAAACCGCGCGCGUUUAGAACGUCACCACGCGCCGAUCUCGCGAAAUGGCAUGUCAUUUCGCGAUAAACGUCCGCGAUGACGGUACCAUCAAUUUCCGAUUUAGGCUGGCGCGGAUCAUGAGGAAAAUGACGCGGGACGGGAAAAACUUUUCAUCCCCUGCGUGUGCGAUCGAUGGCGCGACUUCCGGUUUCUCCAGCGAUGAGAGGGUAAAAGAUGUGUGAAAAAAAUGUAAAUUUUUAAAAGAAGAUAUUUUCAACUCUUGCGGUUAGCAUUUUAGCGCACGGUAUGAAUUUUAUUUACAGCGGAUCGUUAAAGUAAUGAUUCUUUUAUUACUGAUUAUUCGCGAUUAAAUAAAUUCUUGGUAUUUUCAACGUGGAGAUAACAUAUUCAGUUAAAAAUGCAAACAUACAUAUUUUUUGUUAAUGUCCACAGAAGAUCAAGCUCGAGAAAAUAGGUCAGAUAUAAAAUUAUACACGCGAGAUUGUAUCGAGUACGAACUUUUACCUUUGCUUUCUGGAUCAAAUAUUUGUUCCUGAAUGCUAACCAUCACUGAAGAAUUAUCGGCAGUUUCAAAGUGACGUUCCGUUUACGGGAAAUCGUUUAGAAUCUAUAAAUAUACGUGAAAUACGUGACGAUUGUAUAUAGAUACAUACGUAUCGGGAAACUAUGUACUCUGUGGUUAAGAAUGUCACAGAUUUAUUAUCGUGAAAAUUCUGAUGAUCUCUUAAAUAGCGAAACAAUAGUAGUUGAAUUAGCAUCGACGAUUAUCUCCCCAAUUUUCCAAGGAACCCCAACGAGAUGGGUCCAUCAGAACUUUUAUCGCUGUAUCGAUACGCGACGGACGAUGUAACGCAUUUCGCAUUAGCGAUGAAUGACGCGUGGAUGGAGUAUUUUUUUCGGAAUUCGAGGCCGACACAGAUUGAUACUCGCUCGAUAUCGCCAAUAGUCGUGCGAUUAUUGAAGCCGCGUUGCCGCAAUAUCGCGAUAAAAUAUCGCGGUUAUUGCAAAGAAAUUUUUAACUCGACUUGUGAGAGUUUGACAACUCAACGUGACGCGCUUCGACGUUAUUAUCGAGGCAAUGCGAUAUCCAGCAAGCUCGUUAGGAAAAAUCGUUACGAAACAACGAGCUGCGGAAACGUAGCUUGACGUGUCCGAUGUGAUCGUUCAUUAUCGCAUUAUCGGAACAACGGUUCCGAGAAAAAGGGACUCCGGUUCUCAGCCAAGGGAAAGGAAGGAGCGAGAUCUCUCGAACGCGGUGCGAGAUCUAUGUAUGCGUUGUCGUUACACACUGUGUACUGUAACAUAUACGUACGUCACUGUAAUAAAAAUGC